UCAAUUUGGUCCAUAUCCUUAUCAUAUCAAUUUUGGGGGGGCUAACCAAUCUCACCCCUUCUUGGUUUCCUAACUUCAAAAAAUAAUAUUUGUCAAAAAAAAAAAACUUCAAAAAAUAAUAAUCCAUUUUACAAUUAUUCUCUAUUUUAGUUACACAAAAACAGCUAGCUACUUUUGGAUUUAUAUACCUCAUAAUAUCCGCAUUUUUACUUUUAAAUUCUCACCUUCAUAUAUAUAAAUAUAUACCUUCACUCUCCUUAUGAAUCUCCAUCGAGAAACACUACAAAAAAAAUACACAAUGAGCAAAAUAAUUAGUUCUUCUCUUCUUAUAUCUUUUCUCAUUUUUUCACACUUUGUGAUUGAAAUUCAUGGAAACAAACAAGUUAAAGCUCUUGACAAUCUUCACAAAGAAAAAUAUAGAGUAAAUUCACAAAUUGAUAAAAGUGAAUUUGAGGUACAAGAUAUUGUGUAUGAAGAAGCUAUUGUUCAUUCUCAAGAAGGACUUAAAGAGAAGGAUAGGAUUAAGAGUCUUCCAGGACAACCCUUUGUGAAAUUCUCUCAAUAUGGAGGGUAUAUCACAUUGGAUAAGUCUGCUGGUAGUGCCUUUUAUUAUUAUUUUGUUGAAGCUCAACAAUCUAAAGAAACACUUCCUCUUCUUCUUUGGCUCAAUGGAGGUCCCGGAUGUUCAUCUCUGGCCUAUGGAGCAAUGCAAGAAUUGGGACCUUUCAGAGUAAACAGUGAUGGCAAAACACUACACCAAAAUAGAUACUCAUGGAACCAUGCUGCAAAUGUUUUGUUCUUGGAGUCACCUGUUGGAGUAGGAUUUUCUUAUUCAAAUAAAUCAUCAGAUUAUGAUAUCAAUGGAGACAAGAGAACAGCUACACUCAACUAUUUAUUUUUGGUAAAUUGGUUGGAAAGAUUUCCAGAAUAUAAAAAUAGAGAUUUCUAUAUUUCUGGAGAAAGUUAUGCUGGACAUUAUGUUCCUCAACUUGCUCAUACCAUUCUCUAUCAUAACAAAAAGGCAAAGACAAUCAUUAACCUCAAAGGAAUCUUGAUAGGGAAUGCAGUAAUCAAUGAUGAUACAGACUCAACAGGAAUGUAUGAUUAUCUUGCAAGUCAUGCUAUCAUCUCAGACAGAGCAGCUUAUGCUAUCAACAAAAACAUUUGUGAUUUCUCAUCAGAUAAUAAUCUCACAAGUGAAUGCAAUGCAAUUGCUGAUGAAGUUACUUUGGAUCUUGCAUUCAUUGAUUUAUAUAACAUUUAUGCCCCAACAUGCAAAAAUGAAAAUCUCACAUCCAAGCCCAAUAAGUACACUAUUGUGAAUGAUCCAUGUGGUGAGUUUUAUGUGUAUGGUUAUCUUAAUAGAGAAGAUGUUCAAGAAGCACUUCAUGCUAAUGUCACCAAACUCAAAUAUGAAUGGAGUCCUUGCAGUAGUGUCAUUAGACACUGGGUUGAUAGUGCUUCAACAGUCCUUCCCCUUUUACAUGAAUUUCUCAAUAAUGGCUUAAGGGUUUGGAUUUUCAGUGGUGAUACAGAUGGAAGGGUUCCUGUUACUUCAACUAAGUAUUCAAUUAAGAAGCUGAACCUUCCUGUUAAAAAUAAUUGGCACCCUUGGCUUUCCUAUGGAGAGGUUGGUGGCUAUACAGAAGUAUACAAGGGAGGCCUAACAUUUGCUACAGUGAGACAAGCAGGACAUCAAGUGCCAAGUUACCAACCAGCAAGAGCUCUUACUUUGAUUAAACAUUUCUUAGAUGGCACUCCUCUUCCUGCUCCUAAAUUAAAAAACUAGUCUCAAUGAAAGCAAAUUCAGUUCUAACUGGAUUUCUUAGAUUCUCAGUUAUGAUCUUUUUCAUUGAUCAGACUUGUAUAAAUAAUCAUAAAUGUUAAUGCAAUAUCCAAUUUGCCUUGCUCA